CGCCAGAAAUAAGUUACUUUAUCCAUAUCUACAGGAACUGGUACCAAGUCAAUAUUUGGUUGUCAAAUGAGAUUUGAUUUAAGAACGUCUUUCCCUUUAUUGACCACAAAGCGUGUUUUCUGGAGAGGCGUGGCAGAAGAAUUGCUAUGGUUUAUAAGGGGGAGCACUAAUGCUAAGGAACUCGCUGAUAAAAAUGUCCAUAUAUGGGAUGCAAAUGGCUCCCGAAAGUUCUUAGACAACAUUGGCUUAACAGAGAGAGAGGAAUUCGAUCUGGGACCAGUAUAUGGCUUUCAAUGGAGACAUUAUGGAGCUGAAUAUAAAGACAUGCAUAGUGAUUAUACUAACCAGGGUGUGGACCAACUUAAAAAAGUUAUUGACACAAUAAGAACGAAUCCAAACGACCGGCGAAUAAUUAUGUGUGCUUGGAAUCCUGUAGAUUUGCCAAAAAUGGCUCUACCACCUUGCCAUGCGUUUGCACAGUUCUACGUUUGCAAUGGUGAGUUAUCAUGCCAAUUAUACCAAAGAUCGGCUGAUAUGGGACUUGGUGUACCUUUCAACAUUGCUAGUUAUUCACUACUGACAUGCAUGAUAGCCCAUGUAACUGGAUUGAAACCAGGCGACUUUGUCCACACACUAGGUGAUGCUCAUGUGUACCUCAAUCAUAUUGAGCCGUUAAAAGAACAAUUAAAGCGUGAACCAAGGCCCUUUCCAACGCUAAAGUUUAAAAGAGAUGUCAACUCAAUAGAUGAAAUCACAAUGGAGGAUUUAGUUUUAGAAGGCUAUAAACCCCACAAGAAAAUCCAAAUGGAGAUGGCUUUGUGAUCCAACAACUUAUUUGUAAUACGUAACCAAGAAAGCUUCAAUCAUAUUAUAAUAACACAUAUGUGCCAAACAUUGCUUACAAGAAAAAAUGAAUGGAAAUA